UUUAAAGGCAGCAGAGAGCCUGAAUCUGAGACAUUGGCUCCAUCAACCCCUGAUAUUCGACAACGUGACUUGCACCAGAUUGGCUUUAAGACAUGAAGCCGAUCUUUUUGGCAUUCAUUUCUAUAGCAUUUGCUAUUCAGAUUACAAAUGCUGUCUCAGAUUCAGUUCAAACUCUGGGACGGCCAUUCAUUCAAAGGGCUCUGCAGGAGGCUAUGCAAAUGGUGGAUGCAGCCUACAAAUAUUCGAGAGAUGCAGAUAUUUCAAAAAUUGAGAAAAGAGAGCUGUCACCAUUUCAGCUGCUGUCAUUUUCGAAGAGACCAUCAGCAGAGACCAGGACUGCAGUACGUGCAGCUGACUACAUGGAGGCCACCCUUGAUAUCAUUCAUCGGAAGAUGAGCAGGAUCCACAAACGCUCAUUGAAUGUCACAGAUCUUUUAUCAGCUGAAGAUCUGAACGUGAUUGCCCGGGUCACUGGCUGUGCUGCCCAAACUGCGCUGCCGUCAUGCAACACAAUCCCCUUAGUAGACAAAUACAGGACCAUCUCCAGCGUGUGCAAUAACAAGAAAAGCAGUCGGCUUGGUGCUUCAAACACCCCUUUCACACGAUGGCUGCCUGCCCAAUAUGAUGAUGGCAUCUCCAUUCCACGCAGUUGGAAUUUAGCAACCAAGUACUCAGGGUUCAGCCUUCCUCUGGUCCGGGACGUCUCCAAUAUAAUUUUGCAUACACCAAAUGAAAACCUUCCUCAAGAUAACUUAUACUCAUUCAUGCUGGUGCUGUUUGGACAAUGGACAGAUCAUGACUUGACCAACACCCCUACAUCUCCAAGCAUUCGGUCCUUCAAUGAUGGAAUUGAUUGUAGCACAUCCUGUCAGCAGGCUGAACCCUGCUUCCCUGUUCAGAUUCCACCAAAUGAUCCCAGGUUUGAGGACACCAAAAGCUGUAUUCCCUUUUUCCGGUCAGCUGCAGCAUGUGGAACAGGAUAUACAGGUUACAUUUUUGGUAGCUCAAAUGUCCGUUUCCAGAUUAAUCAACUUACCUCCUUUAUUGAUGCAAGUAUGAUUUAUGGGUCCACUGACUCCCUGGCCAACCAACUGCGAGACCUGACCAAUGAUUUUGGCCUUAUGGCUGUUAACCAAAACUACAAAGAUGAUGGCUAUGAUUUGCUUCCCUUUGUAAAUGCAACAAAAAACUUCUGUGCCACAAGAUCAGUUGUUACGAAGGACCCAACAGCUCAAGAAAUUCAAUGUUUCAAUGCAGGAGAUUCACGUGCCAAUGAAAAUAUCGCACUUACAGCUAUUCACACUAUGUUCCUAAGAGAGCAUAACCGUAUUGCAAAGAUUUUCAGGAAACUUAAUCCACAAUGGAAUGGCGAAACCAUUUACCAGGAAACAAGGAAGGUUGUAGGAGCAUUUCACCAGAUUAUGAUCUACCGGGAUUAUUUGCCUAUCAUCAUUGGUCCUGAUGCAGUGAAUAAAUAUCUUUCAGAUUACACAGGCUAUGAUGACUCUGUUGACCCCUCCAUUUCCAGUGUUUUCUCUACUGCAGCAUUCCGGUUUGCUCACCUCACUAUCCAGCCAUUUAUAUUUCGUCUAGACAGGAGCUAUCAGGAACACACUCUGUAUCCUAAUGUUCUCCUUCACAAGACCUUUUUCACCCCCUGGAGGAUUGUCUUUGAAGGUGGAAUUGACCCCAUUAUCCGAGGUCUUAUUUCCAUGCCUGCAAAGCUUAAUAGACAGGAUAGGCUGAUGCAUGAUGAACUGCGGGAGAGACUCUUUCAGCUGACCAGUCAGGUUGCUCUUGACUUGGCAUCUCUUAACCUGCAACGCGGAAGAGAUCAUGGACUUCAAGGAUACAAUGCAUGGAGAGGCUUCUGUGGUCUUAGCCAGCCCAAAAAUGAAAAGGAACUUGGAGAGGUCCUCAACAACCAAACCAUGGCAAAGACACUAAUUAGACUGUAUGGUACCCCCAACAAUAUUGAUGUCUGGAUUGGAGGAAUUGUUGAGCCAUUUGUGCCAAAUGGGAGAGUGGGACCUCUGUUUGCAUGUCUAAUAGGAAACCAGUUUCAGAGGAUAAGGGAUGGAGACAGGUUCUGGUGGGAAAACACAGGUAUCUUCACUGAUAGCCAGAAGAGUGCUCUAAGGAACAUGUCACUCCAUCGUAUUAUCUGUGACAAUACCGGAGUUCAGGAGGUCCCUCCAUCUGUGUUCCGGUACUUUCCGUACAAUGAUAAUUAUACCUCAUGCUCGGACAUCCCCAAGUUUGACUUCAGUGCUUGGAAAGAAACUACUUUAGUUUCCUAAACCAAGAUGACCUACAACAUAUAUGGAAGACAAAUAAAAAAAUAUUGAAGAAAUGAAGUCCAGCAUUCUAGAAAAUAUCCUCUUCUACAGUCGCACUAGAGUAUGGAUGAAGAGGUCUGCUGGUCAUUCAGGAGCCAUGAAGAUGAUUGUCAGACUACUAGCCAAUUACAUGGCUGCCAUAUAAAAUUGUUAAACUAAAAUCAGAAAUGUAAAUACAUGUAAAAUUUCAUUAUGUAUUCACAAGAAGUUUUAUGUACACAUUUCUCUUUGUAAGGAUUUUCUUACAAUGAGUUACAAAACCUCUGUUCUUCCACACUUGAGUAAGAAAACUAAAUUGGUUUUCAGGGAGAUGAAAGCCUUUACUUUUCAUCAGUGCAUUCCAUGAAUGUGCCCAAAGGGGUAUCUUAUUUGAGGCUUGUCUGUUCCUCAUGGGUAUGCAUACUGUGAGUCAUUUCUUUUAUUUAAACUAACCUUUAUACAGCAUGUGACUCUGCAUUUAUGUAUAGUAGUUGGUUUUAACUUGUAAAUUAAGUUUGAAUUUCCUUUUCACACUAUCAGCUAAAAUCAGUAAUUUAAAGUAUUUAGAGAUGAAAUGCCAAAUUCUAAACAACUUUAAUUGAAUAAAAGCAAUAGAUUAAAUGUUGUGUAAAGUUAAUACCCAUUUAAGGUAAAUCCCAUGACUCUAUGCUUCAUAGUUUGUAAAAUGAGAUUCCCUAAAGUAAAAAAAUCACUGAUUUCUUUCUCUAGUCAAGUUGUAAUAUUUUUGUGUGAUCUAAGGAAUAUAUUUAUGUGCUUAUGCUACAAAUACAUAACCUCAAUAAAAUGUUGCCUUUUUAUAA